UAUAUAUAUAUAUAUAUAUAUAUAAGAGGUUUCUAUUGCGGAGCACUGACGCUCUUUCCUCUGUUAUUUUUCUCAAGGCUUCUUCUCUGUUUCGUCGAUUUCAGUGAGUCGUAAUCGUACAGAAGGCGUUCGGCUAUUAGUUUGUGAACAUGGGGACCUCAGGAUUUUCGUGGAAAUUGCCGGAUCACCCAAAGCUCCAAAAGGGCAAGACCGUGGCCGUGGUGGUUUUGGAUGGCUGGGGCGAGGCCAAGCCCGAUCAGUACAACUGCAUCCAUGUGGCCGAAACUCCCACCAUGGAUUCCCUCAAACAGGGUGCUCCUGAGAAGUGGAGGUUGGUUAAGGCUCAUGGUAAGGCCGUAGGCCUUCCAACAGAGGAUGACAUGGGCAACAGUGAAGUUGGUCACAAUGCACUUGGGGCUGGUCGCAUCUUUGCCCAAGGUGCAAAGCUUGUUGACCUAGCUCUCGAGUCUGGAAAAAUUUAUGAAGGAGAAGGUUUUAAGUACAUAAAGGAAUGUUUUGAAAAUGGCACAUUGCAUCUCAUUGGCUUAUUGAGUGAUGGUGGAGUCCACUCCAGGCUUGAUCAGUUGCAGUUACUGCUUAAAGGAGCUAGUGAGCGUGGUGCAAAAAGAAUCCGUGUUCAUAUUCUUACAGAUGGCCGUGAUGUUUUGGAUGGUUCAAGUAUAGGAUUUCUUGAAACUCUUGAGAAUGACCUUGCAAAACUAUGUGAGAAGGGUGUUGAUGCACAGAUUGCAUCUGGUGGUGGUCGCAUGUAUGUCACAAUGGAUCGUUAUGAGAAUGACUGGGAUGUUGUCAAACGAGGAUGGGAUGCCCAAGUUCUUGGUGAAGCCCCUUACAAAUUUAGAAGUGCUAUUGAAGCUGUCAAGAAACUGAGGGUGGAGCUAAAAGUCAAUGACCAGUACUUGCCUCCAUUUGUUAUUGUUGAUGAGGAUGAGAAGCCUGUUGGUCCAAUAGUUGAUGGUGAUGCUGUGGUUACAAUCAACUUCCGAGCAGAUCGAAUGGUUAUGAUUGCUAAAGCACUUGAAUAUGAAAAUUUUGACAAGUUUGAUCGAGUUCGAUUCCCUAAAAUCCGUUAUGCUGGAAUGCUUGAAUAUGAUGGUGAGUUGAAGCUACCGAACCACUACCUUGUCGAACCUCCAGAGAUAGAGAGAACGUCUGGUGAAUAUCUAGUGCACAAUGGCAUCCGUACUUUUGCUUGCAGUGAGACUGUCAAAUUUGGUCAUGUCACUUUCUUCUGGAAUGGAAACCGCUCUGGAUGUUUCAAUCCAGAACUGGAGGAAUACGUGGAAAUUCCAAGUGAUAGUGGAAUUACAUUCAACGUCCAGCCAAAGAUGAAGGCAUUGGAGAUUGCUGAAAAAGCGAGAGAUGCUAUACUUGGCGGAAAAUUUGACCAGGUACGUGUUAACCUGCCAAAUAGUGACAUGGUGGGGCAUACAGGUGAUAUUAAGGCCACAGUUGUGGCUUGCAAGGCUGCUGAUGAGGCUGUCAAGAUGAUCCUUGAUGCAAUAGAGCAAGUGGGUGGAAUUUAUGUUGUUACUGCAGAUCAUGGGAAUGCUGAGGACAUGGUGAAGAGGAACAAGUCCGGGCAACCUCUUCUUGAUAAGAAUGGCAAUCUUCAAAUACUCACUUCUCACACCCUCCAACCAGUGCCAAUUGCAAUUGGAGGUCCUGGAUUGGCACCUGGUGUCAGGUUCCGCAACGAUGUUCCUGGUGGUGGGCUUGCCAAUGUUGCUGCAACUGUGAUAAAUCUCCAUGGGUUUGAGGCCCCUAAUGACUAUGAGCCGACCCUCAUUGAAGUCGUUGAUAACUAGGACAGUAUAAAGAAUGAGCUCUUUAAUGCCCCAAUUAAAAGAGCCGACCCUCAUCAAAUUCAGAAGGCCGUGGGGUACAGCACGCAAUCUUGAUAAAUAAGUUAAAUUUUCUUAUUUAUGUCACCAUUAUGGUGGCUUUAGUAUUUUGAAUCAACUUUUUGAUAGCUGUCUGUGGAGGUUGACAGAACAGGAUAUAGUCAAAAUGGAAUUUUUGUUUCAUAUUUUCUUCUUAAUCAUGAUUAUCGUCAUGAUGCGGCUGUUUAAUGUUUUAGAUUGGAUCGUUUUCAAGUGAAAAAUCUUGACAGACUUGAUCUAUUAUCAAUGCUUUAAUAUUUUGCACAUGGGCACUUGGGACUA